CUUGUGGAUACGGAAAGAGGAAUUUGAGCUGCAUAACAGCCCUUACCGCUCUCCACCCCGCACCCUACCCAAGUGACGUGCUGUCGUUGCUAAUCACCACAGCAAGACAUCACAUCACUUUGGGGGCAGUGGGUACUUCAUCGUCCAACUGCUUUCCUUUUCCACACGAGAGAGCGCCCCUCCUUUUUUACUUUCUUUUCACAUAUACAUCCAUGAGCACUUCCCUCUACUGCUAAUACCUCUCCCUAUUCACCCAUGAGCACUUCCCUCUAGCUACUGCUAAUACCUCUCCCUAUACUCCCAUGAGCACUUCCCUCUAGCUACUGCUAAUACCUCUCCCUAUUCACCCAUGAGCACUUCCCUCUAGCUACUUCUAAUACCUCUCCCUAUUCACCCAUGAACACUUCCCUCUAGCUACUGCUAAUACCUCUCCCUAUUCACCCAUGAGCACUUCCCUCUAGCUACUGCUAAUACCUCUCCCUAUACUCCCAUGAGCACUUCCCUCUAGCUACUGCUAAUACCUCUCCCUAUUCACCCAUGAGCACUUCCCUCUCUACUGUAUGUAAUGACAGGAGAGGUUGGGUCCCUGGUGGGCUCCCUCAGUGGCGGUGAGAUGAGCGGCUCCCUUAGUUUGUACUCCACCAUUGCCGUCCCAGCACCCUGCAGCCCAUUGCGUUAUCUCCUGAGACCUUCACUGCUGUGGCUGUAGAUGGUUCCUCAAAUAUUUUCCUGUUGAUCUGAUAUUUAUUCAGAAGAAAAGUGGGCGGACACGAGAGAGCAGAGUGACACAGGGCAGAGACACUACCACAGGAGACAGACAUUACCAGUGGAGACAGUUCAGACACACCGAGGACAGAGACAGCUAGUCCAGAGCACCAUGGGGGGCAUCUGCAGGCGCUGGUGUCUCCUGAUCCUUGUGGUCUCCUGCCGACCCUCCAGCUCCUCUAAUGGUCCGGAAACCCUGUGCCCCAAGCCAGCGGCUCCUGAGGACGCCAUCUUGGUCUCGCUCCACUCUGCUGUAAACCUGACCUGCGUAGGGUGUGAAGGUUCUGUGUCCUGGAGACAUCGUAGCCCCCCGGGAUCCCCGAGACAUCUGGAGGGGACACAGAGCGGUGGCCAUCUUGUUGUGGAUCCUGUGACCUAUGAGGAUGAGGGAGGCUACACGUGUUAUAAGGAUGGGGCCCCUGUGUGUUCUGUGGAGCUGAUGGUGAAAGAUGAACUACAAGACAACGCGCCCCUCCUCUGCUACCACCGGUAUCCCACCCAUAACAUUACCUGUGAGUGGACACCGUCCAAACUACUCCACCCAUCAUCCAACGUCACCCUCGUAGUAUUGCGAAACUUGAGGGACCCCACGUUCUACCCCUGCACCUACAGCGCCCCCCGCCAGACGUUCUCGUGCUCCUCGCUGUAUACUGAAGGGGACGAAAGCAAUCACGCCUUCUACCUGUGUGUGAACGGUCGCACCGACAGCACGCUGGCCGCCAACCUGGACGCUUAUGGGAAAGAUCUGUUGCAUGUCGAGCCCCCGCUGAAUGUCCGGGUGACCCCGGUGCAGAACCAUCCCAGGAGGCUGCGGGUGAGCUGGAGCCGGCCCCGGUUCUGGGAGGAGACGUUCUAUCACCUGAUCUACCAGGUUCUGUACGGAGUGGAGAACUCCCCGCACCCGUCCAACGGAACGACCUCGGCGCAGAGCUUUCUUAUUGAAGAUGCUGUGAUGGGGAGCAAACAUCUCAUCCGAGUGCGAGCAAGGGAGGAAUUUCAGAAGAAUUGGGGUUCCUGGAGUGAGGAGGCCGCGGGGACCCCCUGGUCAGAAGAAGCCACAACUACCUGGGUACCCACAGAAUACGAUCCCCCAACAUCUGAGGAGGAAGAGGACCCCAUUGGUGAGGAGAAGACGUCGGCCCCUGUCGUUUCAUUCCCCCGGAUUUCGUGGCUCGCUCCUUGUGUCAGUCUUGGUCUCGUCCUUUUAAUCUUCUUCGGGAUAUGGAUCCGGUAUCAGGAGAUACAGAUCCUAAAACUACAAUGGGGUUUGGUGCGCUCUCUAUUCCAUUCCUCCUCCAAAGUCAAAUCUCCACAGCCCCAGGCGAGCGCCUCCCUCCUUAUGGCGCCCUGUUCUUCGCCGCCAUCGGUAACGGUCACUGUUCCUCCAUUGUUGGGUAAAGAGUGAAGAAAAAGAGAAAAACUUGACUAUCAGGGAUCCACUAUGGCGGACUGCACGGACCAAUCAGAGAGCACAGAAAUGUUGAUGUGCUGUAACCUGGCACGUGGCGCUGUAGAUGACUUGUGUAUAUAUACGGUUACAAUUUCUCUGAUCCUAUGAGAAUCUUUUGUAAUAUACUCGAAAUAUUGCUCAGGUAACCAAAAGGGGAUAAACAGGAAGUUGGAUGCGCAACCUGCAAAUGAUUCCCCCAGACAGAUGGAACACCAGAGAGGUGGCUGAUGUGGAGAAAAGGAGCCGAUCACUGGGACAUCUGCAGCCUGGAAGAACCUUGUGUUUAGGGCAGUGUGGCCCUUUAAGGCGGUGAAUUCUAUGGGGGACACUUAUAUUGUAGUGGACAGGAGUCACGUGACUCGGCAGCAUCCUCAGGACCCCGUGGGAAUUUUCGGGGAGUUUCCGUGAGGUUAAGGACCUGUUACUUCUGUCGCUAUUUUCGGACUCUUGUUAAUGGUUUCCAGGAAUAAAGAGGAAUCGCGACAAUUGUCACAUGAUAUAUAAUGUCACAGACAGGAUAUACUAGGAGAAGGCGCCCCCCAGAGGUACCUGGUGAGCCCCAAACUGUAA